CGCUGCAGCUUCAUUAUGUCAGCAAACAUAAGAACCAUGCGUACUUGUACUCCUGGUCAGGGGGAGCAUGCCAGGCAAGUACGGCGUGGUCGCUGCAGACCUGCAUACAAAGAUCAGUUGGGAAGACCUCAAGGCAGCAUGGCACAAGCGGUUCCAGGUGGAGUCGCUAGAAAUCAAGGCCAUGGACAAGCUGCUCACCUUCGAGCAGGGCACGCUGCCGAGUUUCGACUGGAUAGCUGAGUACCAGCACUUGACAUCCGUCCCGGAUCUGCAGAUGGGCUACAAAGCCAUCAAGCAUUACUUCAUCUCGAUAUCAUGCCCGACGUUAAGCAAUGCAUUGACUCACGUUGUCGAGACAUUGACAACGACGGUAGAGCUUUUCGACAAGGCCGCGCAUAUCAUUGUCACGAACAAGGAGGCCAAGAACCUUGGUCGUUCGUCUGCGGCAGGCCCGAGCAAGGACCAGCAUCGGCCCAAGGUGGCCGUGGUCGCGGCGGCAAUGCCACCCGACCAAUCUUACAGCGAGGCCGUGUCUGCCAGUGAAGGAGACAGACUCGCAGCCGCUCGGGAUGGUGGCCGCGCCGGCAAAGGCCGAGAACGCGGCAAAGGGAAAACAAACACCACUAUUAUCCCCGGGCCCGGCGCAACAGCUCACGCCCCAUGGUCCCAAUACGGUCUCUCGGAGCUGGCAUACAAGCAACGCACGAAGCAAGGGCAGACAGGGAAACUGAGCACCGCCAAGAGUGAUUGGACGACACUCUUGACGUCUUUGGAACUGGUUUCUUCGCGAGUAACCGGCCUUCAUUCCAAAGCACAGGCGGAAGCCGAUAGUCCUCCUCUCUUGUAUUCCUUCGAGGACUAUGCUGCCCGGCUCGUUCCUACGCUAGGUACCUUUGCUCAAGGACAAGACGUAUGUGCGGUUUCUUCUCCGUCCGGCAAUAGUUCAUCAUCGUCUUCAGGUGGUUCUUCACGGGAUUCGGCACGCGAGUUCAACAUAGAGGUAUUGGACCCGCUCACGUCUGAGGAUUUCGCAUGGCUUCCUCUCCCGACCAUAGGCUGCUUGCCGGGACCGCAGUGCGCAACACUCUGCGCUCAUGUUCACAAAUACUUGUCCUUCUAUGCACCACCAACUUCGACGGGGGAUGACGAAGUCGCGGUGGGGGAUAUCUUGGCGUAUGUUACCAAGGUGGCCGGCGAGUUUCGCACACAGCGGUACGAUGACAACAAUGCACCGCUGAUGUAUGUCCGCAUCCAAGUUGGACAAGCGUCCUGCAGCGCUUUGUUGGAUAGCGACGCGUCUCGUAACUUCAUGAGCCAAUCCUUUAUGCAAAGGGCUGGCCUUGGCGCACAAGUUCGGAGGAAGGCAAACCCGACGGCGAUCAAGUUGGCGGAUGGUAAGACGCAGCAACUUCUCGACCGUUACAUCGAAGCGGUACCGGUGUACUUCGCACCUCAUGCAUGCGAGCCGAUGACAUUUGAUAUUUUGGACACGGACUUCGACAUUAUUCUGGGAAUGCCUUGGCUUGCAAGUGCGGAUCACACGGUCAACUUCCAUCGGCGGACUCUCACUGUUCGCGACGCUUUCGGCGCCGAAUUCACCGACAUCUUCGAGACACCUACCGGUGUGGUGCAUGAUCGGCCGAUCUCUCAUGAGAUCAUUCUUGAGGCCGGUGUCGUGCCACCGAAAGGUUGCAUCUAUUGCAUGAGCGAGGAGGAGCUUGAGGUCCUCCGCGCACAACUCGACGAUUUGUUGGCCAAGGGUUGGAUCCGCCCUAGCAGCUCCCCAUAUGGAGCACCUGUUCUCUUCGUCCAAAAAAAGAACAAGGAUCUACGUCUGUGUAUCGACUACCACAAGCUCAGCGCACAAGUCGUCAAGAAUGCGGGGCCUCUUCCUCUCAUCGACGAUCUUGUGGAGCGGCUAUGCGGUGCCAAGUACUUUUCCAAGUUGGACUUGAAGUCGGGGUAUCAUCAGUUGUCGAUACGCCCGAAUGACUGUUACAAAUCCGCAUUCAAGACGCGUUAUGGGCAUUUUGAGUGGGUGGUCAGGCCUUUUGGCCUCACCAACGCCCCGGCGACCUUCCACGCGGCGAUGACCAACGAGUUUCGUGCGAUGUUGGACCGAUUCGUGCUGGUUUACCUAGAUGACAUUCUCGUCUACAGUCGCACCUUGGAGGAUCAUCUUGGGCAUCUCCGACGUGUGUUGGAGACACUCCGCUGUGCCAAGUACAAAGCUAACCGGGACAAGUGUGAAUUCGUCCGACAAGAGCUUGAGUACUUCGGCCAUUUUGUCACACCUGAGGGCAUCAGUCCGCUUUCGGACAAGAUUCAGGCCAUCCAGGAGUGGCCGGAGCCGCGGAACGUCACGCAUAUCCGUUCGUUUCUCGGUCUUGCCAGCUACUACCAAUGCUUCAUCAAGGGCUACUCAAAGAUCACGGCUAACUUGACCAAGCUUCAAUGCGAGGAUCGGUCAUUUGACUUCGAUGAGGAUGCGCGGGAAUCAUUUCUACCCCUCAAGGCCGCAUUGCUCACUGCGGAGGUCUUGCGUAUCUACGACCCGCUGGUGCCUACACACGUCACUACCGAUGCGUCCGGUUAUGGCAUUGGUGCAGUCCUUGAGCAGCACGAUGGAGUGGACUGGCACCCGGUCGAGUACUUUAGUAAGAAAGUGCCCGCCGUGCAUUCCAUUGAUGCACGCAAGAAGGAACUCCUCGCCUUCGUUCACGCUCUCAAGUGGUGGCGGCACUUCCUCCUCGGUCGAAGUCAAUUCCGAUGGGUGACGAAUAACAAUCCGUUGGUCUUCUACAAGACCCAGGACACAGUCAACAGCACCAUCGCUCGUUGGAUGGCUUUCCUCGACCAGUUUGACUUCUUUCCGGAUCACAUCCCUGGGAAGUCAAACCGUUUUGCGGAUGCUCUUUCACGGCGUCCGGAUCAUUGCACCGCGGGCUACUCGACUUUUGAGAUUGACGAGGACCUGCGGGACAGUUUCGUCCGCAGCUACCAAGCCGAUCCCGAGUUUCGCGACAAGGAAGCGAUUGCCAUGGACAUCCCAGGGCCGUUCCCCAAGCACAAGACCGGUGUGGAUGGGAUUCUCGCGGUGGUCGAUCGACUCACCAACUUUGCCAUGUUUUUGCCUUGUCGCUAUCAUGCCAAGGCACUGACCGAGGUUUUGUACGCCGGUUGGAUUCGAACCAAGGGUUACCCCAAGGAGAUCGUCUGCGACCGUGACACUCGGUUCAUGUCCGAUUUUUGGCUGGCGCUCAUCAAACGAUGGGGCUCAUCUCUCAAGCCCAGUUCAGCUCGUCACCCCCAGACCGAUGGACAGACGGAGAGGGCGCACCAGACCGCACAGGUUCUCCGUCGCACGCUCAUCCGUCUUGACCAGAAGGAUUGGGUUGAGCGGCUGCCGGAUGUCGAGUUGGCCUACAGCUCCUCCAUCCACCCGGCUAUUGGGAUGUCGCCCUUCGAGUUCGAGCACGGCUCGCCGGUCACUUCUCCGUUGGAUACCAUCAUUCCAUGAGCGGCCGAGAGCGACGACCAUCUUCUUUUCUUCCGACGAAUGCAAGAGCUUCUUGUCAAGGCACGCGACU